AGCUGUGCAAUGGAAGUAGAAGAGAAUGUCAACCGUAAGACCGCAGUGAAAAAUCUGGGAGGGUUUAGUUUUACGGUGUUUGAAAUAGAGCUUAGCACCAACAUCACAAUCUAGGGUUUAAGUUGGAUUCAGUUCAGGACCCAUCAAAAAUGGCAACAACAAAGUGUAAAUUCUGGCUCCCCAAGAAGAAGAGAUUCUGUACUAAUCUCCCUCUUGGAACUUCACCAUUCUGUGGAAAUCAUACAGCAAGAAACAAUGAUACGUGGGUUCCAUGCCCAAUUGAUCCUUCUCACUCUGUUCUUCAAGAUAAUCUGGAGGCUCAUCUUAAGAAGUGCCCUUUUAAGAAAUAUGCUCAGUCAUUAUCACUCCUGCCUUACUAUAGUAAGGGGAUUAAUGGUGGUGGAGAAGGGGAUGAAUUGGUAGAUUAUGUUAGCUCGGAAAUGAAGCGGAAAGCUGUGCUUGGUAUGACUGCACAAGAAGUGUCGGAAUUGAUUAGGAAGAUUAAGUCUGUUCAUGCUUUGAUUUGUAAUGACAUUCAAGAAUCACAUAAGAUUCCGGAUGCUUGUGGAAUUUGGACUAAUCAUGAAAUUGACAGGAAGUUGCCAUUCCAAGAAAAACAUGUAUUGCAGCAGGCCUCAAUUCUUGGGAAUUUGGAAGACGUUGGUGUUAUAAAGCCGUCUGGUGCGGGUGGUACACAAAAGAAUCAAUCAUGUGCUAACGGCAAUGGGUCCUGCGUUGAUGAUGAUAUUCCUGCAGUGGUUGAGUUUGGAGCAGGGAGGGGAUACUUGACGCAAAUGCUUGCAGACUGUUAUGGGAUCAAAAAAGUUUUCUUGGUCGAGAGGAAGUCAUACAAACUUAAGGCUGAUCGGAGCUUGCGUCAGAUAGAGAGCUUGACUUUAGAGCGAUUGAGAAUUGAUAUUGAGGAUUUGAACUUAAAUGCUGUUGAAUCUCUUAAAGGAAUCCCUUAUUUGGCAAUUGGUAAACAUCUUUGUGGACCGGCAACAGAUAUGACCAUAAGAUGUUGUUUAGCAAAACACGGUGAUCAAGAUAAUGUUGCUGAGGGGACUGUGAACACUUAUCUGAGAGGCUUAGCAUUAGCAACAUGCUGCCAUCAUCUUUGUCAGUGGAAGCAUUAUAUAAAUAAGGGAUAUAUGUCAAAUCUGGGUAUUGACAGAGAUUAUUUCCAUGCAAUCACAUGGUUUACCAGCUGGGCAGUAGAUGCAGAUCAUGGUACAGCACUUUCUGAUGUAGUAGAUGCCACAUCACAUCCGGAAAUAAUGGAGGAAGGACGUGGCAGGGAUUCCGAUGUAUCUGGAGAGGAAGGAAUUUCAAGGAACAUGAGUGCUGUGGAAAGAGCACUACUGGGCUUCAUGUGCAAAGAUAUCAUUGACAUGGGAAGGUCGAUAUGGAUGAAGGAACAUGGUCUGGAUUCUCGGUUUCUUAAGUACGUCCCGUCCAACAUCUCUCCUGAAAAUCAUCUGUUGAUCGCUAAGCACAAGAACAUAUUGUUUUAAGACGCAGUCCUUUAAUUUCCUCAUACGGAGAUCUUUUAAGAUUAGCAAGUCAAUGAGAUUAAUUAUCUUUUGCGAUUGUUAUUUUUUGGCAAAUUGCUGCCAGUGUUACUGAAAGGUUGCUAAAACUCCUGUUGUAGAAUGUAGAGUCGAGGGCAUUUGGCCCAUUUUUGAAGUCUGUACUUUUUGAAUAGAAGAUUCUCUGAAAGCUUUCAAGGAGAUACUCGAUAAAUAUUA